ACACUAAGUUUGUAGUUUGCGGUGUGUCUUUUUUUAUUUUACUGAUCGGAUUUUAUAAAAAUGUGUUUAAAAUUGUCAAUUUUCAAAUUAUAGGUGUACGAAAACGGUGAUAAAUACAUCGUUGUGUCAGCUAAAUGCAUCACUUGUGAGGCUACAUUGGAUGGUUAUAUGGAGAAAAAGCCUGCGCCUGAAGCUGUCACCGUUCGAUUCGAUUUUGAAGUCGUUAAUAUUGAUGAAUUAUUGCAUGAACAACACAAACCCCAGAAGAAUGUAAGAAUUGUUGGUGAAGUAUCUCGAAGUUUAUGUGCAGGACAAGGCCCAGCAACACAUAUAAGUCGAAGUUUGUUAAAUGCUGCUACUGAAGACCUGUUCGAAAUGCCAGCUGAACGCAUUCCCUCGGCCAAUGCCAUCAGAUGUGCAAAAUACCGCGCAAAAAAGAAGGAAGAGCUCGACGAUUGUCCAAUCGCAGCACUUCGAGUGCUGAAAAGAUCAUACUACACAAAAUGGAUUCGGGGAAUUGGAGAUGACCCAUUUUAUUGCAUGUAUGGAAAUACAGAUCAGAUAAUCUUAUACAAAGUGUAUAAGAAAAAGAACGCCUUAACAUCAAUCAGCUGCGAUGCAACCGGAAGCGUUGUCCGAAAGAUAGUUCACGAAGAUGGGGAAAAGUCGGAACCAAUUUAUUUGUAUUCAUUUGUCAUUUCGGAUCACUUUCAAAUCCCCAUAUGGUCAAUGAUUUCAGGAGCACAUCAUCUGAGUUUUGUUUUGUAUUGGUUUUUUGACUUCAUUCGCCUGUAUGGUGACGCACCAAAAGAAUUUAAAUCGGAUAUGUCUCAAGUUUUACUGAAUGCUGCAGCAAUUGCAUUUGCAAGUUGUGCAAACAUAUCUGAAUAUGCUGAUUGGUUGUUCAACAUGGCAAAAAAUCGGAAUGACUCGAAUAUCAGUAGUUUUUUACCCAAAUGUUUUAUAAGGAUUGAUGUAAAUCAUUUGGUCAAAAAUAUUACAUCGUGCGAUGAACUCAAAUCUAAAUCGGCGGAACAUAAACAGUUUUUGGUUAGAGCUACGUGUUUACUCAUACCAUGUACCUCUUUGGAAAAAGCACGAAAAAUUUUAUAUUCAAUUUUGGUCGUAGCUAAAUCCAAAGUUAAAGAUUCCGUCUUCAAUAACCAUAAAAAGUAUUUGGAUGAUUUGGUCAGUGGAGCAAGUGCCAUUGACAUAACAUCACCAGGAGCCGAACAAUUUCACAACAAAAAUGACGAUGUUACUGCUGACAGUUCCUUUGCCGAAUCGGGACCCAUUCAAGAUUGGUUAGAUGAGUUGAAUGAUGAAACCAGCAACGAAAUCAAUGAAAAUACUGAUGGUGAGAAUGCCACCAAAAAUGAAUGGGAGAACAUGGGUUUUGUACAGUACCUACUUCGGCUGAGCAAAUCGAUUGUUUUGUGGACGGGAAUAUGUUCAUCAUUUUUUAACGCACCAAAAACUGCAUCAUCAGCUAACGUUGAGUCUUACUUUAAAAACGUGAAACAAACUCUUCAUUCUAUAAUUCCAUGUCGAGCUGACGAAUUCGUCUGUGCACAUAUCGAUAUGAUGGAAGGAAUGAGCAAAGAAGCUUCAUUGACCUAUAUAGAUUUUAUAGACGCCGCUGGUGGUUUACAAAGUCUACUCAAUGACCAUUCAACCCAAUAUGAUUCAGAAGGUGUCAACGAGGAACCGGAAUCACGUGCCCGUGAUGAUUUAACUGCGGAUUCGGCUUCGAAUCAAGCUGCAACUAAAUCACGUGCCGUUAAAUCGAAAGAAAUACCAAUUCAAAGUGAAGGUAUGUCGGGUAGUGAUUUAACUACGGAUUCAAUGGCAUCAGAUUGUGUUGCAUGUCAAAAUGGCGAUGAACCCUCAGGAGCGCAUAAAUGCAUUAAAUGCGCAAAAUCUGUGCAUAUUCUCGAUGGAUGUUCGAUAUCUUGUGGCGAUGACGAAGGCUACGGAGAAGGCCGAAUUUGUUUGUCUUGUGUACGAGCCCCUAAGCCAGCUCCAUCGCAAGCUUCAACUAGAUCACUUCCACCCACAAAAAUUACCGCAGAACAGUUGAAUGAAAAGGAAGUGUGGCAGAGGAAGAAACAAUCAAACAACUCAUACUUGCGCCCUGUUCCCAAUUGGAAUUUGGAUAGACGCGUACAAUCUAAGCCAAAAAUCAACAUGUUUCUUAAUGGGAGCUUAUCAACAACAACUCAUAAAGUUGGAACAUCAAAAGUCGCGGUAAGAAAUACGUGCGCAUUCGACUCAAUAUGCCAGUUGUUUGCAGCUUCGCAUGCGUACUUCGUCCACCAUAGAAUGUAUAUGGAAGGACUUCUGGACACAGUGGAGAUAUUCGACAUCGCCAUUUCUUUGGCCAAAUGCACAAAUAUGCGAACAUUGAAUAAAAAGCGUGCAGUGCUAAUAACCAAACUCAACCAAGUCCCCGAAACCGAAGAAGAUGAAGAAGAAACAGAGCUGAGAGCAGCUUUUGCUGACGAAUUCAAAUUUGAUGUUAAUAAAUUAGCAUCAAAAUUGUUGUUAGGUGCAUUUACGCUCAUAGAAGAGGCAAAAUGUAACUGCUCAUAUUUCUUUGGACCAAAACGUUGGCCGAUUAUCAGCGUCGGCAAAUCACUGCAGAAUGACUUCGGCAACUUCGUAGAAGCCAUAACAGAGAAUUUUCUGGAGCCUGUUUGCCCUGACUGCAAAAACCCAUUGCAGAUUGAGCAGCAAUUUGGCAACUACAUGUUGAUGGAGGUCCCGCAUGAAAGAUAUUCACGGUUAAAAGAUGUGAUCAAGAUAAUCAAACUCGGGGAAAAUAACUUUUCAUUGUGUGGCGUCAUUGUAUUUGAGCCGUCUGCUUCGGAGAAUUCAUCUGGCCACUACAAAGCCUGUAUAGCUGCUCAAACAUCAUGGAUUGAAUAUGACGACAUGAAAAAUCAAUCGACCACGAUUGCAUCGAACGCUUCGGUCAUGAUUGUUUCAAUGCUAUACAUAAAAUUACCAGAUUAACUUUUCUCAUUACAUUUUGUUUGUAAGAAAUAUUUCUGUUGAAAAGUACUUUCCAUAUAAAAUCUUCUCUCUUUUUUCUCAAAAUAUACAUUAAUUGCGUUCAUUAACUUAGUUCAAUAAUACGAAAAAAGUGCAGUUUAAAGUUUUAAGCACUUUUGGCCCUUCACUGUGCGAGGCACAGUGUUUUUUUCAUUCAUUGCUUUAUCAUACUUUUACUUAAAUAACUAUUGUCACGUCGACCACUUUUGAAGAAAUAGUCCGAAAGUGUCGUUUUCAUUCAAGAAAAAAAAAACGGUUUUCAUUAACAGUUGUUGAAACAACGGUAGAAAUAAGUGCAAUUUCCCAUUUAUUUAGUGGUUCCAAUUUCUUUAUUUAGUGUUCCAAAAAAAACAAUGUAUGUUAUGGAAAGAGAUUUAUUGUAAGUUUUGCGUUUUAAAUGUUUGACAGUUUUAACACAUAACUGAAAGAUAAAUUAAUAAAAGUAAAAUGCCAGAACAGCUCUUAGGAAA